AUGGCGGAUUCCCAGGCCUGCUUGCUUCUGAAGAAGCAACUGAGAGAUUUGCUCAAGAAUCCAGUUGACGGGUUCUCUGCGGGUCUCGUGGACGAUUCUAAUCUUUUCGAGUGGCAAGUCACGAUCAUCGGUCCGCCGGAUACCCUCUAUGAAGGUGGAUUCUUCAAUGCAAUCAUGAGCUUUCCGAAUAACUACCCCAACAGCCCACCGCAAGUCCGCUUCACCUCGGAAAUGUGGCAUCCAAACGUCUACCCCGACGGCCGGGUUUGCAUAUCGAUUCUGCACGCACCUGGCGACGACCCAAAUGGAUACGAGCUGGCAAGCGAACGCUGGUCGCCCGUGCAUACUGUGGAGACCAUUUUGUUGAGCAUCAUCUCCAUGCUUUCAAGCCCCAACGAUGAAUCGCCUGCUAAUAUCGACGCAGCGAAAGAGUGGCGGGAGUCACGUGACGUGUUCAAGAAGAAAGUUGGCAGAUGUGCCUCUCGCAUUACGUCAUCACCGCCACUACCCGAUUGGUCGAGGCGGUUCGCCCAACAGACCUCGAAAGGGUAUUCUCUCUUCAGUGUUUGCGUCAGAAUUUCUGCAGUCAUGGCCGCUUCUAACGACUAUGGCUCCUUCACUGCCGUCAACCUCGAGCGCGAGCCUUACUGGCCCGAGAAGAAGCUCAGGAUCUCCGUCACCGGAGCUGGCGGCUUCAUCGGGUCGCACAUUGCCCGCCGAUUGAAAUCGGAGGGCCACUAUGUGAUCGCGUCGGACUGGAAGAGGAACGAGCACAUGACCGAGGACAUGUUCUGCGACGAGUUUCAUCUCGUCGAUCUACGUGUCAUGGACAACUGUCUCAAGGUCACCAAGGGAGUGGAGCACGUGUUCAACCUGGCUGCUGACAUGGGUGGCAUGGGUUUCAUCCAGUCGAAUCACUCCGUGAUUCUGUACAACAACACCAUGAUCAGCUUCAACAUGCUUGAGGCUGCUCGUAUUAACGGCAUUUCUCGCUUCUUCUACGCCUCGAGUGCAUGCAUCUACCCUGAGUUCCGUCAACUCGAGACCGACAACGUCAACUUGAAAGAAUCAGAUGCCUGGCCCGCUGAGCCCCAAGACGCGUACGGUCUUGAGAAGCUGGUGACUGAGGAGCUGUGCAAGCACUACACUAAGGACUUCGGCGUCGAGUGCAGAAUUGGUCGAUUCCACAACAUCUACGGUCCCUUCGGCACAUGGAAGGGUGGCCGCGAGAAGGCGCCGGCAGCGUUUUGCCGCAAGGUGCUGACUUCCAAGGAUCACUUUGAGAUGUGGGGCGAUGGCAAGCAGACGAGGUCCUUCACCUUCAUCGACGAGUGUGUGGAAGGCGUGCUCAGGCUGACCAAGUCGGAUUUCAGGGAGCCGUUGAACAUUGGGAGUGACGAGUGCGUGAGCAUGAACGACAUGGCGGCGAUGGUCAUGAGCAUUGAGAACAAGGACCUGCCCAUCAAGCACAUUCCGGGCCCUGAGGGGGUGCGUGGACGCAACUCGGACAACACGCUCAUCCGGGAGAAGCUGGGCUGGGCUCCGUCCAUGAAGCUCAUUGAUGGUCUGACAAUUACGUACAAGUGGAUCACGACACAAAUUGAGAAGGAGAAGGCCAAGGGCACUGAUGCAUCAGAAUAUGCGUCAUCCAAGGUGGUGGGCACAUCAGCACCAGUGGAGCUGGGUUCUCUAAGGAAGGCUGAUGGGGAGGAGUAA